UGCUGAGACAAGCUUACGUAUCGGCCAAGUCUAGUCUGCUGUCUGUCUGGCUCUUAAAGGUAGCGGGUGUCGGCUCUCUGUUUCCUUGCUCAUGUGCAUGCGGAAAGGUAAUAAACACCUAGCUCCAUCAGCCAUGGAGGCGACAACGUUUACACUGGAGAAACGGCUAUAAUUCGGCUCCUUGUGGUUUACUGAGAGGACUGAAGUGCUGCUGUCACUUCGCUGAGCUGACAUGGAGCAAGGUCAUAGUAGCGCCAGCUCUGGUUCCACCGACACUGUUGUGCAGAUGUGUUUUCCACUUGCGCAAGCGUCUGUGCUGGACAGACUCAACCGGCAGCGAGAAGAGGGGCGCUUUUGUGACCUGUCUAUCCAUGUACAGGGCCAGGUGUUCAAGGCACACCGUUGUGUGCUGGCAGCCUCUUCCCCGUACUUCCAUGACCAGGUACUCCUGAAGAACAUGUCUACAGUGUCCAUCCCAGCAGUCAUGGAUCCACUGGCGUUUGAGAGUGUCCUUAGGUGCGCAUACACCGGCCAGCUCCGCAUGCUCCGCGAUGACAUCGUCAACUACCUCACAGUGGGGAGCGUGCUGCAGAUGUGGCACAUUGUUGACAAGUGCACCGAGCUCCUCCGGGAGGCCAAGGGAGGCACCGGUGCCACCCUGGCGGCGCGUGCCUCUCAUGAGAACCCUGAGAGUGGUGUGAGCGGCGAGAACCCCUCGGGCAGCGUCCUCCAUUCCAGAUCCGGCGACCCCCAGCCCCACGGCCGCCCCUCCCUCAGCGAGAGUCAGUCCCCCAGCAGCACCAACUACUUCAGCCCCAGGGAAGCCAACUGCGGGGGCUCCGCCGCUGCCGGCAGUGCGGGCGAGGGACCAGGCCUGAACUCCACCCCAAGUUACUGUGCUCCCUCUGGCCGAGAAGAGGCCUUCCUAAUUGAGGAAGACGAAGACGAGGAAGACGACGGGGCGGAGGAGGAAGACCUUCUCUAUUCCAGGAAACGGGAAAGGGGAAGCAACCGGAGGAAAAAGGUGCUUUCUGGGUGUGACCAAGGUGUGGGCGUUAGUGACAGUUUUGGUGUCUCCUCGUACCAGGAUGGAGACUCGCCCCCUCCACAGAAAAGGCCCACAUACAGCCAGCCCAGCAUCAUGCCCAGGAAGCAGUGGGUGGUCGUGAAGACAGAGCGGAGUCAAGAGGACGAGCUGAUUGUUGUGUCUGGGGAGGAAGGCGGCGAUGACGACGAGGAGGAAGAAAAGGAGCUGGAGCUGGACAGAGACAGAGAAAGGGAGAGGGAACUGGAGAGGGAGAGAACUUUCAACAUUUCUAACGUCAGGACCCUCUCUGAUGAGCUGAACAGCCGAGCUGAGGCUGAAAUGGAGACACAGGUUGAUUACUGUCAGUCCUCUGAAGACUACCUCAAGUAUGACAGUGGUUUGUUGGACCACACCUCUCAACAGAAUCCCCAUGACACUGGCCAAAGUAGCAGCCGAGCUAUUUCAGCCCUGUUGGGACCGCUUCAGUCAGCCGCAGCCAGGGCACAACUCUUCCCUCUGGACAUGCAGGGGAACCAGAUUCUGUUUUAUAGUCAAGCCGCUCUGGACUCCUCUUCCCCUCUAGGUGUGGGGAGUGGUUUAUCUGGGCCAAGUUUAAAAGGACCCACCCUGGAGCACGGAGCAGUUCAUUUGUCAGGGCAGGGGGGUGUGAGUGGGGGAAUGGAUGGGCUUGACGGUGUCGCCUCGGGUGGUUCAGGGAAGGUGUUCAUGUGUCACUGCGGAAAGACGUUUACGCACAAGAGCAUGCGCGACCGACACAUCAACAUGCACCUGGACCUGCGGCCGUUCCACUGCCCGGUCUGUGCCAAGAAGUUCAAGAUGAAGCACCACCUGACGGAGCACAUGAAGACGCACACGGGCCUGAAGCCGUACGAGUGCCACAGCUGCGGCAAGAAGUUCAUGUGGCGAGACAGCUUCAUGCGCCACCGCUCCCACUGCGAGAGGCGCGGAGGCGGCUCCGGCGAGGACGGCGCUUCCGAGGAUGCACAGGUUCUCUCCCCGACACACCCCCUCCAGCCGUCCCACAGCGAGGCCAUGCAGGGAAGCUCAGAGGCCAGAGUCAGCAUGGGUGGUGGGAGAAGCGUCAGCAGUGCUGGCAGCGGCAUGUCUUGCCUGAGCAUGGCCGGUCCUAGCUCCCUGUUGGGAGUUGGCUCCCAGAGUUUGGGGUCCAGCAUCUUUGGGUUGGGGGUGAACAGAGGUGGGUGUGAGGACGAAGUGUGUGAGGUGAGUGUUGGUGAGAGCAACAUCUCUUCGGAAGCACAGCAUGAAAGAAAACUCAGUGGACAUUCCCACAUCAUCCCAUUGUAAGCUACAAAUCUAAACGGGACUGUGGCUAAAUCCCAAUCUCUCCCCUAAGACCUAAGCCCAGAACCCUUACACGCUUAACUGAUAUCAGUUGUAAGUGAUCAAGUUUGCAAGGGUUUCAAAACGCUGAUAACAGAAAUGGGACAGCAUCUGCGACUUAUCAUUAAAUUGACAACACAAAAAAUGUGUUGCAAACACGUUUCCAUUUUAUGGCAGUUGUUUACGGGUGUUUUUUUCAACCUUCCAGCCUCCCUUUGGGUAACCCUGUGUUUCACCUCACGACGCUAUGAAUUAUAGGUAAUUCCCUUGAGUAGUGUCCACAUAUGCAGACUUGGGAAAAGGGUUCAGAGAAAGGGUAUGAGCGAGCCCUCAAGAACUUCACAAUUUCGCAGUGGGACCUAAGCUCUCACGAAGUUCGCUGCAAAGCGCAUCAAAGUGUGUCAGUGCGUAAGGGGAGAGAUUGGGAUUUAGCCCAUGUGUAUAGCUCACUGACCUUUACAGUACAUGGAUUUGUGUGGAAAAGUUCAUGUGCAUCACAUUUAAAAUGCCAAAAAUAGUUUCUUUCCAUACUUUCCCUGCAUAUCUAACCAUAUAGUGGCAUGGGAAUGCAUUCAAAAUCUAUGGAACCUUUUGCUGCUGUAUAACGUAGACUAGGCUGCUAAUUGUGAACUCUUACUAUUGUCAGUGAAUAUUUCAUAAGAAAAUCUGAUGACUGUCAAUUGUCAAAUGUUUUUGUUACAUCACUUUCAGUGUUUUUGUCAACAUCACAGAAGAGAUGUUUAAUGUGUUUUCAGCUUUUAGUAUCAGAAUAUUAACAGCGUCACAGUUGUAGGAGGCACUACUAGGGUAACCUGACCAUUAUUGUCAUAGGAGAAAUCUGAAUGAUCUUACAAAGUCCUCUGCUGAAUUCAAUCUCUCUUGAGAGAAUUAUACCAGACAACUUGGGGUGCCAUCUUCAAAUGUAUGGGCACAAACUACUAUGUUUGCUUUUCAUUAUGAUCUUCACAAAGAAAAUGUUGUGCUGUUCAAGGUUUUCCUUCUAUGAAGGUGGACUGUAAUAAUAAGUUAAUUGCCAAAAGACUUGAGUGCUGUUGAAGGCCAUUUGAAGCUGGUCGGGGCCAUAUGAGUAUGAUGGAACAUGGAUUACUUCUGUUCCCUUUUACUGGAAUUGAGCCGAGCUGAAGAGAACUUAAACGUUUUUUUCCCAAAUAGAGUUAAUUUGGAGUAUGUAUUGAUCACUGUAAUAGAGGUUGAUAAGGAGUGGUAUAUUUAUGUUUCAACACUACAGAAAUAUAUAGAAAUACAAUACAAAAUAUCAACUUACCAUGUUGAAAUUGACUGCCUUACUAUAAAUAUUUUGGGUAUAUUUAAUAAUAAUGUCCAGCCAUGCCUAUCAAAUACCUCAGACCUCAGCAUAUUAAUCCUGAUGGAUAGUUUGGGAGUGAGCGGAGAAUCUCCCGCCUUUUUUUGUGGAUCAACAAUGCUGAUAAAUAAUAAUAAUAAUGAUAAUCAAUCCAUGGUUUAUUUAAAGAAUUCCGGAAAGUAUUGUGUUCUUUGGGGACCAUGUUUGGCAUAAUAUAAUAUUUUUCUUUUUUUUUAAGAUUAUUAGAUUACACUAAUGCCCACAGCUAGGAUUGGCACGCACCUGUGUGCGUCUAAACUCCGCUGUGGCAACCUACUGUUAAAGAUUAAAUCCUAGAACUGUCAUCAACCUGUUAUCAAUAUCUUGUGAUAUGAAAAAUAAAUACUCUGAUUUAAAAUGUC